AUGAUUGUCUGUCCUUGUGUAAAAUGUGCGAAUGUUAAAUGGAAAAAUCGUGAAGUAGUUCUUGAGCAUUUAAUAUGUGGCGGAAUUCUUCAAGGGUACGAUUAUUGGUUCUUUCAUGGAGAAUGUGUUCCUUCUUCCUCUAAUACGGUUGGUGCAUUUACAACUUCUUCAAGCUCUACAUAUCUUAAUCAAGGUGUUAAUAGUACGCCAAAUGCCAUGGGGGAGUUGUUAUGUGACGCUUUCAACAUGCAUGAAGUUGUUCAUGAUGAUGUUCAGUGUAAUACAUCCGAAUUCAAUAAUUUGCAUGAUAAAGGUGAAACCCACGACGGGGUAAGUUAUGAACAGCCUCCUCUAGACGCAGCUAAAUUUUACAAGCUACUAGAAGAUAUGAAUGAAAAAACUUUUAUGAUGGAUCCAAGCAUUCGAGCAGCUACUAUUCCUACAAAUAGUCAUGAGUCUAAGAAAGUCAUUAAAGAUUUAGGCCUUGGGUAUGAAAAAAUUCAUGCUUGCCCUAAUGAUUGCAUGCUCUAUUGUGCCGAUAGAGAAGCCCAAGAAGCAUGUCAUGUGUGUGGUAGUUCUCGUUGGUUGUCAAUCGAUUCCGACCAAUCUAUCGAUGAUGAUAUUGAGGUUGUUCGUAAGAGGCCAGCAAAAGUUUUACGAUAUUUCCCCCUCAUUCCAAGGUUGCAGAGGAUAUUCAUGUCGUCAAGGACUGCUAAUGAUAUGACUUGGCAUGCUGAUGGUCGUACAAAUGAUGGUCGUUUGAGACACCCUGCUGAUGCUGAGGCAUGGAAAACGUUUGAUGCAAGAUUCCCAGAUUUCGCAUCUGAUCCGCGCAAUAUUAGGCUGGGCUUAUCAUCUGAUGGCUUUAACCCAUUCAAAGUACUAAGUACUUCUUACAGUACUUGGCCGGUGGUGUUGAUUCCUUACAAUUCGCCACCGUGGGUUGGGAUGAAACAAUCUUCCUUUCUACUAUCUAUGAUUAUACCAGGAGAUAAAGGUCCGGGAAAUGACAUCGAUAUCUACUUACAACCUCUGAUCAAAGAGUUGAAACAAUUAUGGGUUGGUGUUCAGACAUAUGAUGCAUCAAGAAGAAAGAAUUUUCAGUUACGGGCUGCUUUAUUGUGGACUAUCAAUGAUUUCCCUGCUUAUGCAAAUUUAUCCGGAUGGAGCACUAAAGGGAAAUUUGCUUGCCCUUGUUGUGCUGCUCAAACUUCUUCAAGAUGGCUAUCUAAUGGGCAAAAGUUCUGCUACAUGGGACAUCGACAGUGGUUAGAUCAUGAACAUCCAUAUAGGUUCCAAAAACACCUAUUUGAUGGUACUGUGGAGCUACGUGGAGCUCCUUCAUCUACUACUGGAUCUGAAAUCUUAUCAAUGUUAAAUGAUGCACACUACACUUAUGGAAAAAGAAUGAAACAAAGCUUAAAAAAAUCAAAGAGUGAUAGUGACUCAAGGAAAAGACAUAGGCAAGUGUCCAAUGUUGAAGUCGAUAGCGACAUGGAAGAGAUAGAGGAGGAAUCACAUGAAGCAGAAUUGUGGAAGAAGAGAAGCAUAUUUUUUGACUUACCUUAUUGGGAGCAUAACCUACUUAGACAUAACCUUGAUGUGAUGCACAUCGAGAAGAAUGUUUCCGAAAAUAUUAUUGCAACACUCCUCAAUGUUGAAGGGAAGUCAAAGGAUAACUUAAAGUCCAUACUAGAUUUGGUAGAUAUGGGAAUUCGUCGUGAGCUUCAUCCUGAGUAUCUUCCCAAUGGAAGGACAAGAUUGCCACCUGCUUCAUUUUCAAUGACAACAAAAGAGAAGGAUAUGUUUUGCCAAUUCUUGAAAAACAUUAAAGUUCCAGAUGCUUAUUCUUCAAAUAUAUCAAGAUGUGUGAAUCAAAAAGAGCGGAAACUUCAAUCUCUAAAAUCUCAUGAUCAUCAUAUAUUGCUCCAUGACUUGCUUCCAAUAGCUCUACGGUCAUCAUUAACAAAGCGAGUGACUUGUGCCAUUUCGGAAUUUUGUAAUAUAUUCAAAAUCCUUUGUGGUAAGGUUCUUACUAUUGAAGAACUUGACAAAGUCCACCAUGAAGCAAUUAUAGCUUUAUGUGACUUGGAGAAGAUUUUUCCACCGUCAUUCUUCACUAUAAUGGUGCAUUUGGUUAUUCAUCUUCCAUUGCAAGCCAAACUUGGUGGACCUGUUCAUUACCGAUGGAUGUACCCCAUAGAAAGGUUCUUGCUCAAAUUAAAAUCUUACGUGCGCAAUAAGCGAUACCCCGAAGGGUCUAUUGCUGAAGGAUAUUUGGCGGAGGAAUGUGUAAUUUUUUGUUCAAGAUACUUGGAUGAUGUUCAAACAAUAUUUGAUAAACCCGCACGGAAUUUACGAGAAGGGCAUGAUGAAUAUCCUGCAGGAUCUUACUUAUUUCAUAGCGGUGGAGAGCCAAUAGGAAAAUUUGAAAUAGCAGAAUUGGAUGAUAUGUCAUGGGCACAAGCGCAUCGAUAUGUCUUAUUGCACCAUGACGCUAUUGAAACAUAUCAGAUUGAGUAUAAGAAUAUUCUGAGACAUCAAAUGCGCGGCCGUCGUUCAAAUGCUCGUGAUAUUGAUUUGCAAUUUACUAAGACUUUUCAUGAAUGGUUGGGGGAAACUGUUUCUCGUGGAAGAAUUGUGAAUGACGAAGUUAGAAUUCUAGCACAAGGCCCAAACAAAAUUACUAAGCGAUACAAAGGUUUCAUCAUCAAUGGAUUUCGAUUUCAUACUAAAUCUCGUGAGAGAUUGAGGAGAACUCAAAAUUCUGGAUGUAUUGUUACUUCUUCAACAAUGAGUUAUGCUAGUGCUAGUGAUGGUAAUCCUCUGGAAGGGAAUCUUGAUUAUUAUGGGGUCUUGAAUGAUAUUAUUGAGUUAGAUUAUUUUAACAAGCACAAGAUUGUGUUAUUCCGAUGUGACUGGGCUGACGUCAGUAGUAGUAGAGGGAUCAAGAAAGACAUGGCCGAGUAA